UACACGGGGAGAGAAACAGCCGCCGCGGCCGCAAGCAUCAACCUCUCCCACCAUGGCGCCCGUGGCCGGUUCUCUCGUUCUCGCGCGCCUUCAACUCUCACGUUCUCUCUCUCUGCGUACGCACUAUUUUUUAGUCCGCACUUAUUACGACAGAUGUCUCAUGCUCCGAUAAAGAAUAACGGCGGGCAAAGCGGGAGCCUUCCCCCCGCAUGCUAGUCCUAACCAGGCUCGGGAACAGCAGCCCGUACUUGGUGCUUCGUCGGCUCGUGGUGUCACUGUAACGCGCCGGUUUACGUUACGCACGUCUCUCCUUUUUUUCUUCCGGCUCCUCCUCGUUCCCUCUGUUUCCCCUCUCUCAUUCUUUCCUUCUCUUUUCUCACUCUCCCUCUCACUCUCUCCCUCUCUUUCUCUCUUUUUUUUUCUUUCCUUUCCUCCCUUUUUAACGUUUUUCAAUUCGCCGCCACGCUUUUCAACUCUCAAGCCGGUCACUGCCGUCGCGAAUCGGCAGUUGUUCCUCGGCGCGUGCAAUGUCGCGACAGUGAUUAUGUCUAUCGUGUCCUCGUCCAUCCGACCUCGAACUUGCACCGAGGAUCGCUGUUUCGAUCGCGGGGUGUAAGGACGGAACGUGCACUCCUUCCUUCGCCAAGUUGGUCUGGCACACGUGACAAACGGCGCGGCGAUAACGAGGGCACAGCCGGGAUUCAGUCAAUUGGUAUCGCGCGUCGUCGGUGAAACGAUAUGAUGAUAUUUAACUGCGACCCGCGUGCUACACAGUGACAGCCGGUGUGGAGGAAAAGGGAAGACCGGAAGACCGUCAGACCGCAGACGGAACCAGAAGUUGGAGGAUGGUGGUUUGAAAUCGACGACACCGGGAAGGCGACGCACGUGAGAGCGACUCUCUGACAGAUCCCCCACAAGGUGAAUAGACACAACGAUGGUAGAUACACAACAUUUUUGUCUGCGAUGGAACAAUUACCAGAGCAGCAUAACCUCGGCGUUUGAAAAUCUGCGGGACGAUGAGGACUUUGUGGACGUGACGCUGGCCUGCGACGGCAAGAGCCUGAAAGCGCAUCGCGUCGUUCUCUCCGCCUGUAGUCCGUACUUCAGAGAAUUGCUCAAGAGCACACCGUGCAAACACCCAGUGAUAGUGCUCCAGGAUGUAGCGUUCAGCGACUUGCAUGCCUUAGUGGAGUUUAUAUAUCAUGGCGAGGUGAACGUGCAUCAACGUUCUCUCAGUAGUUUUCUGAAGACGGCGGAGGUCCUCAGGGUAUCGGGCCUCACGCAACAGACCGACCAAACCGACAGAGAUGAGCUGUCGCAUGUCCGCGCGUUGGCGGCCGGCGGCAAUCACCUGCCGUUCCAUGAGAAGUCCGAGGAGACUUUCCCUCGUGGUGGCUCGCCUACGCCUGUGACCCCGACGCCGACCACCGUGCAGCAACUACUGCGCCGUGCCCAGAUACGUCGAAACGAAAGACGCACCCCGGAUCCGCACGAUGAGUCGGCGAAGAGACCGCGGGUACCGUCGCCGCCGCUCAACAACAACGACGCCACACCCACGGACUUCUCGAUGGUCAAGAACAAUCACCUGUCGACGAAGGUGGAGGGCAACGGGGUGCACGACGAGAAUAGCCUCGUCGAGGAGAAUAUAAAGUGCGAGCCGUUGGAGUUGACCGGCGGUAACGGCGGCGGCAACGCCGGCAACGAGGACUCGUCGGAUUCCGGCGCCGCGGCGUCGGACCGGCCGCCCGCGUCCGCGAGCAGCAACGAGCAUGAGCCCGAACCAGAGCACACAUCCGCGCAGAACUUCCUGCCGGAGAGCAAGCUCUUCACGUCGACGCCCGGCAGCUUCAACUUCAGUAUGGCGGCGCUCACCACCGAUCACACGCCGUUGUCAGUGAAAUUUCCAGGGUUGGGCCAUGGCUUGCAGACGCCGGAUCUAGCGGGUACUUCGCAAGGUCUGUUGGCCGGCAGCGGCGCGAGCGAUGAGUUUCGAUGCGAGCCGUGCAACAAAAACCUGACCUCCCUAACGCGGUUGAAGCGGCAUAUACAGAACGUGCAUACCAGGCCCAGCAAGGAACCGAUCUGUAACAUCUGCAAGCGGGUUUACUCCAGUCUAAACAGUCUGCGCAACCACAAGAGCAUCUACCAUCGACAGCACAACAAAAACGAGCAGCAGAGAAAGGAAGUAGCGCAGGCCCGCGAAUGGCAGAGAGACCAGAGAGAGCACACCGACAGAAAUUACUCUGCGCAACAACAGCAACAUCAGACUCAACAACAUUCGCGAAUGGGAUGAGAUUGCUUGCCAUUUGUUCCCCUCGCUUUCUCUCUCUCUACCUCUAUCAUGAAUUUUUUGAUGAAGAGGGUGUACCGAAUGUUCAUGCGACACAAGCGUAUAUGUUGCUGUUAUCAUCGAUACGGAUUAAAAUCCGGCGCGAUUCGAAAUUUUGAAAUUGAUGCGGCGAUUGAAAUAGGUUAUUUCUCGCCGUAUAGCGGAAUAUGUAAGUCGACGAAUUUGAAACGUAAAAAUAUCUCGAUUCUCUAUUUGUUACAAUCGUAUUCGAACACUGGCAAAAAGACAGGCAGUGCAAAGUGCGAAACGAAAAAGUCGAUCGAUCAUACAAUUGUACUUUGCGACUUAAUGUGAUCUAUUAUAGUAUAUAAUAUCAACUUAUCGCAAAGUAACGCGGAGAAAUUACGAAUGAGUUGAAUUACUUGAACCGGUAUCGCGUUGAUGAAGCGAAUUUAAUCGAUUUCUAAUGCGAACAUAUGUCGAAUAGCUUUCUACCACCGUCUGAGGGAUGCACUCGCGAUAAAGUCGUCUGUAUAGAGUUUUCGUUUAUGACGAUGGGUUAAAUGUUAAAUGCAGGUCGGAUGAACGACGUCUUGAAAUAAAAUGCGUAAUCGGAAAGGUGAUAUGUCGUUUCGAAUACACGAUGAGCGACCACGCGCACAAAGCUGCAUUGAUAUUUUUUAUGAAAAGAAAGAAUCAUCUGUAAAUAGCGUUGCAAAAUGAGCGAAGGGCCGAAGGUCCGUGUGUAUUAGAAUCUGAACGAUUACUUAUGUGAUAGGCAUAACUCCUUCGAUUUUCGACAAGGGCCACGCGAUUUGUUGUUAUUUUUAUAUAUUAUUUAUGUGACAAACACACACGAUAAUUGCAGACAAAUUUUGUUUUUUUUUUUUUUGUUUAGCGUCCUACGUGGCGAUAUAAAGAAAGGUGCGGUACAAAAACGGGAUAAUAAAAUAUUAUUUAAUAUAUCUAA